UUCACCAGGCAAACUAUCCAUAGUAAGAAGGUAGACAAGAUAAUAGACCUUUAAAAAAUAAUAAUAAUAAAAAAAGAUUUAUGUAAGACACCUCACAUGCCUUGAAUUUCAGGCGAUACAAUAUCGCCAUAGAUACUAGAUAGAGCUGCCACUGGGGAAUAAUGACGAACGUCAAUAAAAUUUUCUAGCCAAUCACAGGAGGACGGGGGCGUGGUCUGUGAAAACAACUGGAGGAUUCAAACUGAAAGUGGCGCGUUUUGUGAAGCUUAAGGGCGGGACAUUCUGCUGACAAACAAGAGAUGGGAGCCAUUACAACCAACCAGAUACCUCCAUAUUCGGUGCCAAAGUAACCACAAAUUUGCCGAAGGCGUGUAAAACCGACUCUACGGUCUAGCCUAAAAAAAAGGAGGGCGAGGCAUUUCAGGUCUCUAACAUUCAUACAAGCAUGUGUGCUGGCAACAUGGCGGGACAGAAGCGUCCACAGCAGCUGAAGCUUUUAAGAAAUAUGUUUUGGUUCGGGUAUGUUUUAACAGUCCAGCUGCAAAAUGUCAGUGCUCAAACCGAAAGCAGCGUGUUGACAGUCGCUGACUCAAACUGGACCCUUAUUCUCGAGGGCGAGUGGAUGUUAAAAUUCUACGCCCCGUGGUGUCCAGCGUGUCAGCACAUUCAGGCGGACUGGGAGGCUUUCGCCAAACUAAGCCACAGUCUGGGAAUAUCUGUGGGAAAUGUUGAUGUCACACAACAACCAGGCCUGAGUGGGCGCUUUCUGGUCACCUCACUACCGACUAUAUUUCAUGCUAAAGAUGGAAGUUUUAGAAGAUACAUGUCAUCACGGACCAUUGAGGAUAUCCAAGCAUACGUUGUUCAAAAAAAGUGGGAUGCUGUGGAGCCGCUGCCAGGAUGGAAAUCACCAUCAUCUAUCUUGAUGUCAGGAAUGGCUGGUCUGUUCCGGCUCUCUGUGUGGAUACGGCAAAUCCACACGUAUCUAACCAACAGUCUUGGCAUUCCAUCAUGGGGCUCUUACGUAAUCUUUGCCAUUGUCACACUGUUCCUGGGCCUUCUCCUAGGCCUGAUGCUGGUACUGAUCGCAGACUGCAUUUGCCCAUCUAGGCCAAAGAACAAAGAGGGUAGGACUGUUGUACUUCAGAAAGAUGAAGGCUCUGAGGAUGAAUUGGAGGAUACUCUGACAGAGGAGAAGCAAGCAUCUGACCUGGACAAUGACAGUGAGAAGGUGUCUGGAGAGGAGGAGUUCACUGAGGAGGAAGGAAGCCCUGGCACUGAAGCUGCAGCUGGUAGCAGUGAGCGAUCUACAGAGACCUCAGUGAGGAAGAGGAAACCUCCAGGUCCAAACAGUCCCAAGGCCACAUAACACUUCUGCACAGGCUGGAAAUCUGAAAUGCAGUUUACACCAAAACUCCACAGCAAAGUUGAAUUCAGCACUGUAAGUGCUGAAUGCUUAUUUCCUCUUUCCUAAUCAGUGAUUAUCUAUUUUAACCAGCCCUUCCCUGUUUCUGAUAAACUCCUCCUGUGGAUUCCAGUAUUUUUGUGUGUAAAUUAAGAGAAAUCUUAAAAAAAAAAAAAACAAACAAAAAAAAGGAUUUGCUUAUAAACAAAACUGUUGCCAAGGAUACAUCACACAGCAAGUAACUGUAAUGCUCUUAAAAUGAAAAAAGGAAAAUAAUAUUAAAAAAUAUAUAAAUAUAUUUUAAGGAAGCUCUGAAAACCUGUUUUAAUAUUUCUAUUUUGCAUUUAGGAUGUACAUGUGUAAUGCUGCAAGUGGACUGUUUGUUUACACCCUUGUUCAUUGUUGGUUGUUUUUUUAAACUAACAACUGCCAAGUGCAUGCUUUUACAUUCCAGGGUAUGAAACUGCUUUAUUACGUUAUUUCAGUAAGGGUGACUGAGGAGAAUCAUCAUCGUGAAUUAUAGCUUGUCAGCGGGAUGCUCUACAUCAGGGGUUUUCAAUUUUUUAGCAGUCAGGGACGCAUUUAUCUCAACAGAUUUAUUUUACAAACAGACUAUUCAAAAAAUUAUUCAAACGUACAAUUUUGCCUAUUUAUUGGAGCCAGAGAUUUUUUUUUUCUUCUUCUUGAAUUUCCCACCCACAUGUUUAUUAAAACUGGCAUUAGAUUCCAGCUGACAUUAUUUACAUGCAUAAUAACUUUGAUAAUAGUGGGUUGUGCUUUACAAACUCCUUUGAACCACAUUGAGGACCAUGGCUCUGUAUGAUGCUCUCUGAGUUUUUCCCAUGACUGCAUAAGUAUUUAAAAAAAAACUUUAUCAAUUAGAGUCCUAAUCGCUCUGCUAAUAGGUUCAAUGCAUUCGUUAGAUUAAUUGAAAGUUGACUCUAUGUAGUUUACCAUACAGUAAACAAUACUCGAUAAACAAAAGUAUUUUAAUGGUGAUACCAGGCCAUUACUUUUAUUGUAUGUAGGCUUGUGCGAUGUAAGUUUUUCCCUGCGUGUGAUUUACCAUUUAGGAAAAUCACAAUACACAAUUUAAUCGUCCAGAACAAACAAGAAAACGCGCAUUUCCACCAUUUCAGGUUGAAGGAGAGUAAGGAUUGAUGCAGUAAUAUUCUCAGCUGUGUAGUCGGGACCUGGUUGUCACUGUUGAGCCAAAUUCUCCCCGGCAGAAUCCGAAUCCCCUUCGUGUGCACGUGUUAUGAAGUAAGCAUUCCAGUGCUGCAUAUUUACUCAAGGUUUCUCUUUCUGUUAUUAAUCUACAAAGAGACAGUUCAUUUUUUUUUUCUACACUGUAAUUACCAGAACUACACCAAAAAAGCCCAACAAAAAGCAUUACAAUGAAAGCAUCACAAAUUCUAUCUGAUGACAUGAAGAGUUUGUUGGUGUGGUGUUCUGCCGAAUCUGACCAAUAUGGUAAUAUGGUAGUGUAAGAUCAUGUCGCACAAGCCUUGUAUGGGUGAAUAAGUAAAGCUUAAAAAAAUUACCAGUGUUUCAAUUUGUUGGGUAUUUACUGUAUGGAUGUUUGUGUUUUAGAUUAGCAUAUGUUGUUGUUUUCUUUGUGUUUAUUUGUUCCAACAUAUUGGGGCAGGUUACUUUUAAAGCAGUGAACAUGGAUACAAUUUAGAAUUUAUUAGCACAUAACCAUUACAUUCAUUUCUCCCAGUAAUUCUUGAGGACUUAAUUGAAUUUGAUUAUGCAAUGUUUAUGUGAAGCCAUGACAUGCUGUCAUACCUAUUUUAUACUACUGACUGUUGAAAUUUGGAAUAUAACCUGUUAAUCAUG